UGUCUAACAAAACGGAAAAAAAAAACAUGUAAAACAAAGAGAUCUCACAGAGUAAAAAUUUUAAUACGACGAUGGGAUAAAAAGACAGGAGAAACAGAAGUUUUAGUAGCUACUUUUCUGAGAGACGAUUAAUAGGAGCAAGUUAGAAAUGACCCAGAUAUCCGGAAGCAGAACGUACAAGCGUAAGUUGUCCGUUGGCGAUGACUAUAAGAGUGAACCCAAGGUCGAAAAGCAUAUGGAAAAGACGAUGGAUGAACCGAAUGGUACUGAAGAGACCACUGAAGUGGAAAGGAUAAAGGAAGAGUUGGCACCACCGCUGUAUGAAGCAGCAAUCAGAAUGCCUAUACCCAUAUCUGCUUCGAAUAGCAGUUCUAGUACAAGCACAACUACUGUUAGUGGUUCAAACUUGAAGAGACGACAUAAUAAUAACAACGAUGAUUUAGUGAGUGCAGCAGAGGCAUUAACCCAGUUAACUAAAUCCAUGACCCCGCCACCAGCGUCGUUGAGUUAUAAUCAACUCCCGCCACCAACCAGGUCGUUACAUUCUGGAGUCACCAGUCCAAUCUCUUCAUUGUCAAUCAAUGAUCAUCAUAACCACGAACAUCCGUUGGUUACCAAAGUUAAUAAAGUCAGUAAACAUCCAAUUGUGACUAAUGCGUUCACUUAUUAUGAAGAACAGAAAAGAAAGUAUGCAUCUUUCAACUACGCAGCCGAAAUUGUGGAAAAAGCAGCCAUCCCGGUGGUUAAUAAGAUUGAAUUAAACUUGAAUAAUAGAUACCAAGCCCAACGAUCUAAAUUAGAAGAAAAAUCGGUUAAAAAAAGAAGAAAGUUAUCAAAGAAAAGAUCAUGUUCCAUAUAUAAGAAAAAUGAAACUAAAAAGAGAUUACAAUUCUGUUUACACAUUUUAAAAUUAGCAAAUGAUAAUAUAAACUCCAAAGUAUUCAACUUACAAGAAAGAAUGUUGAAUAUCGAAAAGGAGAAGAGAUUGAAAAAUGAAGAGGUUAAACAAGAUAAACCGGAUAGUAAACCAAAUAAUGAAGUUGCUCAACAAACGAAAACCGAAAUCAUCACCACCGUUAAAAAAAUCAUUCAUUUAAUAUCAAAUUUUAAACCUUCUUCGCUUAAUCCUUCACAAACUACCAGUGAUGUGGAUCAGAAUCUUGAUAAUAUCUCAAUCAAUUCUAAUAACCCAAACAACCUAGAAUUAAAAUCAACCAUUCGUGAUAUCAUUCUUAAAUUACCAAUUACUAUACAACAAACCGCAAUUACAAAUAGCACCUCUGCUCAACAAGCAAAUGAUAAAAUCUUUGUCUUUGCCAAAGAGUCCUUGGAAAUGAUUGGUAAACUAACCAACGUCUUUAAUGAACAAUUAGAAAAAGCUGAAAACUGGGUCAAUGGUGAUGAAUCAGAUAACUUAAACUUGUCAAGACAACUAUCUCAAUCAAGUUCAACUCCUUCUCUAGAUUCAGUCAUUGCCCCAAUUCCCUUAUCUACAAAAGAUUCAAAUAUCAAAUCGGCCUCUCCAGAAUCACCCCAAACUAAAGUUGAAGGUAAUUAAUUUAUGUAUUUUUAUAAUGAAGUAAUGCUUUUAUUUUUUUACUCCCAAUAAUAACGUAGUUUAC